AAGCAUUCGUCCUUCCGUCCCGUAUAAGUACUCGGGAUAAAGCUGUCUGUCCAUUUGCCAAGAGGUUAUUGUAAUACAAUGACUUUUUUAUUUCAAUUCUCUGCUUUCUUUCAUCUUUAUUUUUUUCUUCUCUUAUUACUCUAUAUCAAAAGCCAUUCAAAGAAUUGGGGUUUUUUUUCUUCUUUCUCCUUAAAAUACAGAACAAUAGAAAAUCAUGUCUACAAAAUAUGAGCAACCAGACAUCCCUUCUUAUCAUCAUCCUGAUGGUUAUUAUCAUGACAGAAAUCCAACGUCACCCCCUCCCUUACCGCACCAUAUAGAUACUGUCAGACCAUCAAACGAUAGCAUGCGAGAUGUUUCCAUGAAUUCACCUACGCCUUAUCCUGUUUAUUCUGCUCCACCAGUCCAAACCAAUACACAACCACGCGAAUCUCUGAUGAGCGAUAUGAAGUUUAUGUCCCAUUAUGAUUCUGACGACCAUUAUGACGACACAGAUGUGGAGAAAACGAUGAUACCUCGUGAACAAAAAGAAAGAAGAUCAUGCUUGGAUAAAUUGUGUUGUGGCUGUUGCACAUGCUGUCCUAAAUGGGCCCGUUGGUGCAGUUGCAUUAUUUUGAUAAUGAUCGUUAUUUUGGGUAUUGUCGUGGGCGUAUUAGCAGCUUUGUUCAAGGUCCCUAAUGUGACGUUCACGGGCUUACAACAAGAACCAAACUAUGCUUUCGCUGAUAAAGUAUUGUCAAUGACGUUCAGUGUGGGGAUCAGUGUAGACAAUCCAAAUUUUGAAAGUAUUACAUUUGAAACAAUCAAAGCCGACGCAUAUUAUCCUGCACCCUAUAAUGUCUAUGUAGGAGGCGGAAAUGUGACUAAUGUACACAUAGCUUCAAAUGCUGUUACCAAUAUCAUUUUCCCCUUCAAUGUCAAAAUCAAUUCUUCUGAUCCUAGUCAACAAGGUGUUCUGAUGGAUUUGGUGACAAAAUGUGGGUUGGAUGGUAGUACGCCGCAACAAUUGAAGUUUGAUUAUUACAUUUAUCCAACAGUAAGGAUCGCUGGCAUAGCUAUUACACCAAGAAUAUCAAAAUCAAUGAGUCUCGCUUGUCCGACCUCUGCGUUGGAUGGCUUAUUAGGCGGUUUAUUUCAUUAAAACAAUCAAUUCAACUAUAUUACCAAAUCUUAUUUAUAUUACUGUACAUAUCUGUAUAUCAGUUUUUAUGUAUUUAUACACUCACCCAGAUUCCAAUAAACUCAAACACCUUUUGAAUAGCUU